AUGGCCAAGGUACCGCGCAAUUUCCGUUUAUUGGAGGAGCUCGAGAAGGGCGAGAAGGGUAUCGGCGACGGCUCGUGCUCGUACGGUCUCGAGGACAGCGACGACAACAUGAUGUCCAACUGGAACGGUACAAUCAUUGGGCCAGGACAUAGUGUACACGAGAACCGCAUCUACUCGCUCAAGAUUCACUGUGGGCCCGACUACCCAGACGCGCCGCCCACAGUCCAGUUUCUGUCUCGCGUGAACCUUCCCUUUGUCUCCCAAACCGAUGGCAAGGUUAACCCGAGCAAGUUGCCUGUUCUGGCGCAUUGGAACCGUAACCAUACGAUGGAGACUGUUCUCGUCGAGAUUCGCCGGGAAAUGAAUUCGUUCAACAACCGGAAGCUCGCUCAACCGCCUGAGGGUAGCAUGUUCUAG